AAACGGGAGUGGUAAUUUGAGAAAAGAAAGAAACGCAAGAAGGCACAACUGGUCUGCGACAGUGACAACGACAAGGUUCAAUGGGUUAACGUCGAGGAGUACGUAAAGUUCUUUUACCGGAGUGACCGUGAAAGACACAACUUCCACGAUGGAGGUGAAGCCGAUACCGAAGCCGCGAUCGGUAAUGACUGAGAACAAACCGAUACCGGCGCCUCGGAGAAUCUUGCCGACGACUACUUCGCCAACGGCUCGGUCCUAUAGUCCGACCAGCGAGUCUAGCCAAUCUGAGAAAAGUGACGAUUUGAAGUCGACCAGCGGCAACGAGAGCACUCGCAGCAACCACGAAUUUUUCCGCAAUCUCAGCACGAGCUCGCGUCAACUCAAGGACGAAAUCUCAGAAAAGAUGACGGUGAAAGGACGUGCCGUUAUCUCUAGCACGCGAAACGCCAGCAUUCGACUGGAGAAAUCGGUGAAGAACCUAUUGACUCGACGGCUGUCAUCCGUAAACCAAGAUGACGUGGUCAACCAGAGCGGCGUCCAGAAGAAGCUCAAAGAUCCAGUUGAAGAGGACAGAUGCGUAUCCAUGCCAGCCGAUAAUAUCUUCAGCAGCAUUUCGUUUUACAGUCCUUUAAGUGGCAAUCUGAGGAGCGUGAAGAACGAAGAAGAUCUGUCCGUCGGUGGUAGGCACAGCCCGCCGCCUCCGGUUUAUCCGCCACCUCCGCUUCCGGACGAGUCUAUCUAUGACGAAUUGCAGUCCGUCACAUCGGGAAGUAGCGGUCGAUACGACACACUGAGUUCCACGGUAUCCGACAAGAUCGAACGGGACUUUUCAGAUUUCAAUGUCAAUUUCGCACGAAAUCAGGCUAGCGAUUCGGACCAGAGUUUAAACUUAUCCGACGUCAAUGUAAAUUUACCACUCGACAAGUCUGAAAUCUCCGUUAAAAGACUAUCGAGAUCUGACUCUUGGACCUUUUAUGAUACAACACCUGGUACGAAAACUGAGAAUAUCGAUGAAGUGGACAGAAUAUCCAGCGUAGAAGAGGAAAACUUGGAGAAAUCCCUCGAAAGAAAAAUUUCACCGGUGGAUCGAACUUCUUGCGCGUCCAUCGAAAGCCACGCAUCUAUCCAGAAUUCUCUCUAUGAGAAUCUAUCACCGCCGAAAAUCGAUUGUCGGCAACAAACGACAACGAUUCCUUCGGAUACUAGAGUACAGAACAGCAAAUCCGUGCUCUUCGAAUUCGAUCCAUUUGCAAAAACGUCCGAGGACGAAAAUGUUUAUAGCAAUUACGAGAACAACGAUCUGAUGCUGUUGGAGACUUUAUUAGCUACAAAUGAUUCGCCCGACAGCACGCUGGAAUUUCGCGAAAGUGCCAAGGAGGAGCAAGAGGAGGAGGAGGAAUUAAUACAUCCUGGCAUUAGUUUAAUACCCCCGGAACCACCCAAGAGAUUUGAUUCUCUCCCCAAGAACGAGUACGACGUGGCGGAAGGUAUAGAACAACCAGACAAGGUUCAACCCUCGAGCAAGAAUCCACCUCUCUUACCGAAGUUGGCGCAUUUAGUGACUAAGAAACAACCCGCUGUUCCUCCCAGGAAACCUUCUAGGGGUCCUGCGCUUCCUCAACCGAAUGCGAGUACGAUCAUAGCAACGACGACAACGACAACAACAACGACGACACUUGCCAAUAAUGAAGAAAAUGUUACGAAUCCUAUGUCGGGAACAUCGAGACUUUCAGAAGAUUCUCGCAAAGUGAGUGUGAUACAGAAAUUGAAGAAACUGCGACAGGACUCCACAGUGCAAGCUAUCAAGCCUAAUGUGAUCAAUUUCGUUAAGAGUAGUAGUAAAUUGUUAUCCAGGACUCGCGAACACAUUGGUGAGUCCGGUUCGAGGUCACUACGAAUGGAGAGGCCGAAGGUGAAUGCUCCGCACAAUCCGGUCACACACAGGGGAAUGGUAUAUAGGCCUGGAAUGGGUAUCGAGAGGGCCAAGGAUCUCGUACCGAGAGCAGCAGUGUUACUCGAUCGGAAAUUAUCGUUCUACGCUGACAAGAGCAUGUCUACACUGAAAGAGGUCGUCGAAUUAGAGACAGUGCACAGUAUUCAUCUGCUUCAGGAUGUUAAAACCAUGGAUGGCGAGACGGUGCAUUGCGUAGCGAUUAGCACUGCGGGCAGACCGAGUGUGCAUAUUUUCUACGCGAAAGGUGUCGCCGAGAGAAGAAUCUGGGCUCAGAGAAUCCUCGAAGCGGUCACGCCGAUCUUUUCCACAAAAUACACCGCCGAAUUCACCAGGGCAGGUUGGGCUUACUUAAAGGAAGGUGUAACAGGAACGUGGUUUCCGGCUUGGCUUCUCUUACAACAAAGAAUGUUAAUUUAUACAAAAUCCUUGGAAUCUGCGUUUGCUGUGAACUUUGAGCAAGUGGACCUGCGGAAAGCACGCUGCAUUGUACUGCGAGAUCAGGAAGGGCCGAUUGCCGGAUGCGGUAUCAUUCCGGUUGUAGUCGCGGAUGCUGGAGGUAGUGGUGCCCUGCAUAUCGCCACAUCUGGAGUUCACGAGGCAACCGCCUGGCGACAUGCACUUUAUCAGGCAGCUACCAACUGUGGUCCUGCCUUGGAUCAACAACAAAUCACGCAAGACAAUGUGCCCGUCAUUUUGGAUAAAUGCGUCAACUUUAUCUACGCGCAUGGUAUGAUGACGGAAGGUAUUUAUCGUCGUAGCGGAUCAAGCAGUGCCGUAGUGAAGCUACUGGAAGCUUUCAGACGAGAUGCAUGGAGUACACAGAUCACGCGAAAUUCGUAUACGGAACAUGAUGUCGCCACAGUUCUUAGAAGAUUUCUUCGAGAUUUACCAGAUCCAUUAUUUCCUCCUAAUAUUCAUGAUCGACUCUGUCUCGCUUCAGAAUCGAUCAGCGAGGAAAAUAGAGUAGCGACUUAUCGGAAAUUAUUGUCCACUCUGAAUCCGAUAACGGCGGCGACGCUUCGUCGGAUCUUGGCGCAUCUUCACGGCCUUAGUCAACAGAGCGCCAGGAAUCUGAUGACUGUUGAAAAUCUGUCGGCAGUUUGGGGUCCAACUCUGAUGCAUGCCGGCGAGAAUAGCGCCGAGGAGUGGAACCGAGCAGAGACCAAAGUCAUCGGUGAUCUCAUUAGAUUAUAUCCAAAACUGUAUCAAUUGUCGCCAGCUGAUCUGGCCAAGGAAGCGAAAAUGCUGGAGAUUUUGGAAAAGCAUCACGUAUCCAACAAUGGAUUGCGAGGUGCGCCCUCGGGAGAUCUCAAGAUCUGGAUAUACAUUCUAUCACCGAAUGGAGAAUGUAUGAAUGUCACCAUUGGACCUCAAAAGACUGCAUUUGAUGUGUGUCGUGAACUCGCUGAGAAAACUAACUUACCUCCUCACGAGUUAUGCCUAGAAGAAUACACGUUGUCUGGUGCAUUGGAGCGACCACUACAUCACAAUGAACGUGUAUUGGAAACAGCGGCGAGAUGGGGUUAUUGGGAUACGGAUGAUAGGAAAGAUAACGUCCUUGUCCUCAAGAAAGAUCGGCUUUAUAAGGACAUUGUGCCUCUGGUAAAGCCGCCUAUGACGAUAUCCGGAGAACUUAAAUUCGCAGAUACUAAGACGAAAAAUCUGAAAACCUACCUCUUCGAGUUCAGCCAGGCAAAACUCUGCUGUUACAAAGACAAAGUAUGUUCCGUAAAACUUCACGAAUGGAAAAUAGAAGACAUCAUUUGGUACUUGGGACAUGAGCCUAAACGUAAUCCACAAAUGGGAUGGUCCAUCACAUUUAUCACGAAAAACAAAAAACCAACGAGAUGUAAAGAUAGCCCGUAUUUUGGGAAUACUUUAGCGGGGACGUCCAAAGACGAACAGUAUAGAUGGUUAGCGGCUAUGCUUUUUGGUGAAUAUCAAUUAAAUCUUCGACCAUCAGCAGUGAAUCUUAUGGAUCCAUGAUCGAUAAAAUUAUAAGUCAUUUAAUGCCUCCAAAGUGAUCGAUAAGUGGUACUUUUCUUUAUAAAUCGUGUUACAGACUCUGAAUAAAUAUAAAAACGUGUACAGUAUCCCAAUCGAUUAGAGGAACUGAUUAGUUUAAUAUUUUAUAGCUUUUUAAAGCGUAGUAUCCUGUAAGUCUGAUCUCGUUUAACAAACGUUUAUUCAAUUCUUCUUACGAAUUAAUUAAUCGGCCAAUAGAAAUGGUUAAUUUUAUUAGUUUUAUACAUUAAUAAUGCUGUGAAAGAUUAUAACUAAUUGAAUGAAAUAUUAUCGUAUAACAUGCAA